AUGGACCAUCCAACACCUAAGGUUCUCCCAGCCAGACCCCGCAGCCCCUCCCUAGGAAUGUGGGCUUUGGAGGCCGGCAGGGUGAGGUUCUCAGUGCCACCCUCCAUCAGCAGGAACCCGGCCAUGGUGAACGAACCCGGAGGGGAUGGCGGCCCCCCUCCCCGCUCAGAGGGCAGCAGCAGCGGCAGCGAGAGCUCCAAGGAGAGUUCGAGAUGUUCCACGCCCGGGCUGGACCCCGAGCGCCACGACAGACUCAGGGAGAAGAUGAGGCGAAGGAUGGAAUCUGGUGACAAGUGGUUCUCCCUGGAAUUCUUCCCUCCUCGGACGGCUGAGGGAGCUGUCAAUCUCAUCUCAAGGUUUGAUCGGAUGGGGGCAGGAGGCCCCCUCUUCAUAGAUGUGACCUGGCACCCAGCAGGGGACCCCGGCUCAGACAAGGAGACCUCUUCCAUGAUGAUUGCCAGCACCGCCGUGAACUACUGUGGCCUGGAGACCAUCCUGCACAUGACCUGCUGCUGUCAGAGCCAGGAACAGAUCACAGGCUACCUGCACAAGGCCAAGCGGCUGGGCCUGAAGAACAUCUUGGCGCUGAGGGGAGACCCCGUGGGUGACCAGUGGGAAGAGGAGGAGGGAGGCUUCAGCUAUGCGGUGGACUUGGUGAGGCACAUCCGAAGGGAGUUUGGGGACUACUUCGACAUCUGUGUGGCAGGUUACCCCAAAGGCCACCCCGACGCAGGGAGCUUUGAGGCUGACCUGAAGUACUUGAAGGAGAAGGUAUCCGCAGGAGCCGACUUCAUCAUCACCCAGCUUUUCUUUGAGGCUGACACAUUCUUCCACUUUGUUAAGGCUUGCAGCGAGAUAGGCAUUACCUGCCCCAUCCUCCCCGGAAUCUUUCCUAUUCAGGGCUACCACUCCCUUCGGCAGCUCGUGAAACUGUCCAAGCUGGAGGUACCGCAGCAGAUCAAGGACGUGAUUGAGCCAAUCAAAGACAAUGAUGAUGCCAUCCGAAACUAUGGCAUUGAGCAGGCCGUGAGCCUGUGCCAGGAACUUCUGACCAGUGGCUUGGUGCCAGGCCUCCAUUUCUAUACCCUCAACCGUGAGAUGGCUACCACAGAGGUGCUGAAGCGUCUGGGCAUGUGGAUUGAGGACCCCAGGCGUCCCCUGCCCUGGGCUGUCAGUGCCCACCCCAAGCGCCGGGAGGAAGAUGUACGUCCCAUCUUCUGGGCCUCCAGACCAAAGAGUUACAUCUACCGCACACAGGAGUGGGAUGAGUUCCCCAACGGCCGCUGGGGCAAUUCCUCCUCUCCAGCCUUUGGGGAGCUGAAGGACUACUACCUCUUCUACCUGAAGAGUAAGUCCCCAAAGGAAGAGCUGCUGAAGAUGUGGGGGGAGGAGCUGACCAGUGAAGAAAGUGUCUUUGAAGUCUUUGCUUGCUACCUCUCAGGAGAGCCCAACCAACAUGGUCACAAGGUGACUUGCCUACCUUGGAAUGAUGAGCCCCUGGCGGCUGAGACCAGCCUGAUGAAGGAGGAGCUGCUGCGAGUGAACCGGCAGGGCAUCCUCACCAUCAACUCCCAGCCCAACAUCAAUGGGAAACCAUCCUCCGACCCCAUUGUAGGCUGGGGCCCCAGUGGGGGCUAUGUCUUCCAGAAGGCCUACUUGGAGUUCUUCACUUCCCGAGAGACGGUGGGGGCGCUUCUGCAGGUGCUGAAGAAGUAUGAGCUCCGGGUUAAUUACCACAUUGUGGACGUCAAGGGUGAAAACAUCACCAAUGCCCCUGAGCUGCAGCCCAACGCAGUCACUUGGGGCAUCUUCCCUGGGCGAGAGAUCAUCCAGCCUACAGUGGUCGAUCCCGUCAGCUUCAUGUUCUGGAAGGAUGAAGCCUUCGCCCUGUGGAUCGAGCAGUGGGGCAAGCUGUAUGAGGAGGAGUCUCCGUCCCGCAUGAUCAUCCAGUACAUCCACGACAACUAUUUCCUGGUCAACUUGGUGGACAAUGAGUUUCCGCUGGACAACUGCCUCUGGCAGGUGGUAGAAGAUACAUUUGAACUUCUCAACAGGCCCACGCCAGAGCAAGGGGCAGAGGCUCUAUGAUCCUGCACCCUCGUGUCCUUGGCUUGAGCCCACUGGUGUCCUGCCUUCCUCCUCCCCGGUCCUAGUUUUCCUGGGGACCCCUCCUCUCUUUCAUCUCUCCCCAAGCCCCGGCCUCCACUCCUCACGUGGUGAUGGCAGCUAGACGCUCUGGCUGGACCGGAGCCAGCCCCUCGAGGGAGCCUGGUCUUCCUUGCUCAGCCUAGAGUCUGUGCCCUAUAUGAGGAGCUCCUCCCUCCGCAGAGGACCUCGUGGGUGGAACAACAUCCUCCCUGAGAAGAAGAGGGGGUGGUUGUUGCUGACCGAGCCCCUGAACCAGGGCAGUUCCUGGGACCUUGCAUUUGGACCUGCGGGGACAGCAGUGAACCCGGGUGGCAGGCACUUACGGCGCUGCCGAAGAGACCGGCCGAGCGGAGGGCCCCCCCCCCCGCCCCCCGCUCAUCUCGGAGGUGUUCCUGCUUGUGGCUGGAGGGGCAGAUCCCUGCCCUGCCCACCUGCUUGGCAGGCCGCCCGCCAGGCCUCCGGACAGGCCUUGGCCUGAAACCCGAUAAGGCAAGCAUUUCUUGCCCCCGGCUGCCUGAGAGCCAGCUGGACUUUCACUUUUCUACUGUGCUGCUUUUCUGUAUUCUGGUGGUUCAAGAGGGAAAGUGCCUCGUAGAGGUUAAAGGCAUCUGAACCCUUAUACUUGGUGAAGCCCUUGGCCUGCCCUUUUUUCCGCCUGGCCAUGGAAGGAUACCCUGCCUAUUACUGUCAAGGGCAAAGCUAAGGCUCAACUGAGCAGGACUGACUUGUUCCUGGCUUAGUUUUUUAGAUGGGACCUCUUAGCGCCAGCUACCUCCUCCCAUCUGCU